AUGAAAAUUGUUAAGCCUAUUUCGAAAAAAAUAACUUCUGUCGUAUAUAUUCCACCAGCAGAUGUUGAUGCUGUAAGUGACGAACAACUUAUUGACGAUAAUGAGAUGAUAACAGAGGUACCAGCUAUGACGGAUGUUUGUGGAGAGUUGGAGGUCGAACAUGGAUCAGAUGUGGAAGAUUUUGCGUCGCCGCCGUCAUGCUUAGUUGGAAUACCUGAUGAUGGACCAUCCUGUUCUGCAAAAACAACUAGGUACACAGCAGAAAAAGAUUUCGGUCGCAAAACACCAGUUGAAUUGUUUCUGCACUUCUUCGACGAAGAAAUAAUGGAAAUGCUGGUCGUGAAUACAAAUAUGUAUGCUUACCAAAAUAAUAUCGUAGUGGAUAUUAGCAAACAACAGAUAUAUCGCUUCAUCGGAAUUUUGAUACUAAGUGGUUAUCAUAAAGUACCUCACGUUGAACAUUAUUGGAGUACACGGCAAACACUUGGUAUACCUAUAGUAAAGCAAGCUUUAUCACGUAAUAACUUCCAGUUGAUCAAAAGAAUAUUUCAUCUAAUGGACAAUUAUGGCAUUGAUGCCAAAGACAGAUUUGCUAAAGUUCGUCCACUUAUUGAUGCACUGAAUCAGCAACAGGAACUGUAA